AUGUCAUCUUCUUUAAAAUAUUAAGAGUAAUCCUAAAGUGUAAGAUAUUUCAAAUAUGAACUUUAUCAUUAAAUUCCUAUACGAGAACCUUGGUGUGGAAUUCUAUAAUUAAAUCAUCAAUAAACAUUAUUAUUUGCAGCAGGAGCGAUGAGAAUUUUAAUAUUUUAAUUUAAAAAUACUUUGAAACCAUUAUUUUAAAUUAGAGAGGAAAGUUAAGCAAUCAGUAAUAUUUUUACAAAAUAAAAUUCAAAUUAAGUAUUUGUUGGAAAUUGUUAAGGAAAUAUUAAGAUUUUUUAAACAAUAGGAAUAAAUAAUACAAAAAUUUAGAUUAAGAUUAAAGCACAUAAAAAAAGUAUAACUAGUUUUGUUAUGUCCAAAGAUGCAUCUCUAUUAAUUACUUGCAGUUUGGAUGGUUAAAUUAAAUUUUGGACUUUUGAAGAUUCAUUUUCAUAUAAACAAACAAUAAAUAGUCAUGAAGGAGGUGUUUGUAAAAUUAGUUUAAAUUAAUCAGAAAAUUAAAUUAUAUCUUGUGGAAAAUAAAAAUUCAUUUUCAUAAUAGAAUAAUCAAGUUUUAAUAAACGUUGGUUUAUAUCUCAAAAAAUAGAAUUAGAAUCAUAUGGAUAUGGAAUAUGCUUUAUUUCAGAAAACUUAUUUGCUUUUUAAUCAACUUAAAAUUAAGAUAUAUUAUUUAUUUAUUAAAGAUAAAAAGGAACAUAGCUUUACAAUUAAAUUAAAGAUUUUCAACUUAAUUAUAAUUCAUAAUACUGUUUAUUUAUACAACAAUUCAUUGCAUAAAAAUCCUUAUUAAUAAGCAAAAAGGGAAAUUUUAUUAUUGUUAAGGAAGAAACUAAUAUUCAACUAUUAGAAAAUUCAGCCGUUGAAUUUGAUAUAAUUGAUGUUUAUGGAUCAGUAAGUGAUGAUGGAGAAUACUUAAUUAGUUGUGACGAUUAGUCAAAAGUAAUUUCUAUUAGAAAAUAUAAAAUGAUUUGA